CUUCAACCAGAACCAUCUCGAUUAAACCCCAAACACAAAUCUCUUUUCCAUGGCAGCCGAAGCGACAAAAAUAGUGGACCACUGGUCGUCGGAGGCAUAUCAGAAUUCGGCCUCGUUCGUGCCGAGGCUAGCUACUAAGGUCCUGGGCUGGUUGGACGUCAAGCCAGAUGAUUGUAUUUUGGAUGUUGGCUGUGGUGAUGGAGUCCUCAAUCUCCAAAUCGCCGAGACGCUCUCGAAAGGAAAAGGCAGGAUUCAUGGUGUCGACAGCUCAAUCGAUAUGAUCACCGCAUCCAAAUCUGCCGCAGCGGCAGCAGAUCCUGCUAUAUCAAAAGCCUGCACCUUCGAAGUCCUAGACGCCACUCAGCUAAUCCACAAGCCCGAGCUACAGCGAUCCAGCUUCGACAAAGUCUUCUCCAACGCGGCCAUGCACUGGAUCCUGCGGCCCGCCGACACGCGGUUCGAUUUCUUCCGCGGUGUGCGCAACGCCCUCAAGCCCGGGGGCCUCUUCUGCUUCGAGAUGGGCGGCAUGGGGAACGUGGCGGAGAUCCGGGCGGCGCUGCUGAGCGUCGUGUCGCGGCGCGUGGGCAUAGCGCGCGCGCGCGCCGCCGACCCGUGGUUCUUCCCGGACGGCGCCUGGAUGCGCCGCAUGCUGGAGGAGACCGUCGGCGGCUUCCACGUCGAGCGCAUGGAGAGGGAGUACCGCCCGACGCCGGUGGAUCAGGGAGGCGUCGAGGGAUGGGUCCGGCUCAUGGGCAAGCAGUUCCUUGAUGCGGUGCCUGGGAGCGAGGACCGCGAGGCCUGCGUGGCUGAGGUGUGCGAGGUUUUACAAACGGUCUGUGAGAGUCCUGGAGGUGGCGAGUGGUUGGGCUAUGUGAGGUUGAGGGCCGUAGUUAGGAGAAUCUAAACUUUAAUCAAGAAUUCAAUUUGUUGCACAGGGGACCGCAGAGCGGG